AUGGUUAUAACAGCAGCCCGGGGUCGAGUGGCCCUUGCCACCGGACCACAAGUGCGAGGAUACCUGGGACAGGCGAUCACUCUGCCGUGCCACUACUCUGUCCGAACGUAUGGUAAAACUGCGAUGUGCUGGGGUCGGGGACAGUGCCCUACCUUUGGCUGUGGAUCUGAACUGAUUAACACAAACGGAGUAACAGUAACUUCCGUAGGAUCCGAAAAAUAUCAGCUUGGUGGUAACAUUGAGCAAGGAGAUGUGUCGCUCACGAUAAAGCAGCUCCGGAAAGAAGACGGCGGAUGGUAUUGCUGCCGUGUGCAGUUCUCUGGACCGUUUAAUGAUGGGAAAGUUAAUAUGAAUUUCCUGGUUUUGGAUGAGAUCACCACACCGAAUCCUUCAACCACAAAUGAGUCUGUCCAUGCACAGGAUGCAAACUCUGUCACAGCUUCUACAUUUGUAGGUCAGACUAAAAGUUCAAACUAUGAUGUCUUCUAA